GAUUAUGCUAAACUUUCUUUGCACAUUAGGUAUAUGCUGUGGCAUCUGAGGACAUGGAUUCCCUAACGUUUGGAGCUCCAAGGUUUCUUCGCCAUUUAAUGGAUCCUAGUUCGAAAAAGAUCCCAGUGAUGGAAUUUGAAGUCUCAAAAGUUUUGGAGGAGUUGAACCUGACCAUGGACCAAUUUAUAGACCUUUGCAUUCUAUCUGGUUGUGAUUACUGUGACAGCAUUCGAGGUAUUGGGGGACAGACUGCUCUGAAGUUGAUUCGGCAACACGGCUCAAUCGAGCACAUUCUGGAAAAUAUAAACAAAGAAAGAUAUCAAAUACCAGAAGAUUGGCCAUAUCAAGAGGCUCGAAGGCUCUUUAAAGAACCAUCGGUUCACUCCACUGAUGAACAACUUGAGCUUAAGUGGACUGCCCCUGAUGAAGAAGGGUUGAUAAGCUUUCUGGUAAAUGAGAAUGGCUUCAACAGCGACAGAAUAACUAAGGCAAUAGAAAAGAUCAAGGCUGCUAAGAACAAGUCUUCCCAGGGACGAUUGGAAUCAUUCUUCAAACCAGUUGUUGGCACAUCAGUACCUGUUAAGCGGAAGGAAACUAAAUGCAUUCUUGGAUCUGCAAAGCCAGUAAUCAAGCUUAAGGCAUACUCUAUGGAAUCAUCCUUUCAAUUCAGGCCUAAGGUCAUUGCCAGCAUAGGCCUGCCGACCCUAGAUUUGGGCUCGAGGCAGUCCAUGCUGUUUUCUGGAAGUUUUUGCUUCGGCACGUGAAGCUGACAAUCCACGGAAACAACUGAGAAAGCGGAAAAAGGAACUGCCAACAAAAAGGCAAAGGCUGGGGGUGGUAAGAAGAAGAAAUAGUUUGGAAAUCUGAACAUUGGCAAGUUAGCACGCUUACAUUAGAGGCCGUUGAAUGAAGUCCUAAAUUGGCUGUUGGACUUCCUACAUUAGAGUUUCAAGUUCAUAAUCUGUUUAACCUGUAGCUUUCCUUCUUGUAUAAACGCAUUUGGGACUUCCAACUUCUCUUAUAGUUGGCUGGUUUUAGUUGUACUGCGUACACAUCUAUCUAUGUCAAUUCAGUUGCCCUUGUGGGUUUAUUUUAA